GAGUAAGGCUGUAGAGUAACAAAAUGUGUUAAAAGUCAAGGGGUUUGAAUACUUUCCGAAUGCACUGUAUCUAACUACCAUCGUGGGUUCGUCCAGCCUGUUCAAAGGGUCUAGUCAUUCAGGCCAGUCCUGCACUUCGAUCCACUGUAUAUUCCAAAAGUGUAGCAUAUUCCAAGUUAAGCCUAUAUUCCAAAAUGGAAUUAAUUCAAAUAGGCCUAAAUGCUAAAUAAAUAAAUAUCGAAGCCUUAGGGCGUCACACUCAUACACCAAUUGCAAUGCGUGUUAUUGUCUGGAAAGUGUGCCGGGUCAUGUGGAAUUGAAUAGGCUUUUAUAAAUGCAGUGCCAGCAAAAAAACGUUAAAUCGCCUAUUGGUGCGCAGUGGAAGUGGAGCUUUUCCAAAUCCCGCUGUAUCUACAGUGACUGUUCUGCUCUACACUUUUCAGUCAACAUAUUCAAACGUAAUGCAAGUUUUAGAGUAGCCCGGACACUUUUUGUUUACUUCACAAUUUUUGGGCAACAGUCCGUUUCACAGUAAACCACCAUGUUUUGGUCACUAUUGUGCGUAACCGUUUGCUUGGCAUCCCUACCUGCCGAAGCACAGAUCUCUAAUAGGUACGUUAUCGGAUGUCCCAGUCGUUGUGACAAGGCGAUGUGUCCACGUAUGCCAGCUGAGUGCUUAGCAGGAAAAAUCCUCGACCACUGCAACUGCUGCCCGGUGUGCGCCUCUGGAGAGGGCGAAGCGUGCGGCGGCAAUGGGAAGCUUGGAGACCCGGUGUGUGCAGAUGGUUUGGAGUGUUCGGUAUCGGGCGGAGUGGGCUACUCUGCCACCGUCAGAAGAAGAGGGAAGAGCGGCGUUUGCGCCUGCAAAACUACCGACCCUGUAUGUGGCAGCGACGGUGUAUCCUAUCGUAACAUCUGCGAGCUCAAGAGAGUCAGCAACCGGGCGCUGAAACUUCAGCAGCCACCUGUUCUGUUCAUUCAACGGGGAGCUUGUGGAAAAGCCCAGGACAACCCUAACAGUCUGAGACACAAAUACAACUUUAUCGCUGACGUGGUGGAGAGGAUCGCUCCGGCCGUGGUUCACAUUGCACACUCUACCCGACAAAAGUUUUCUUUACGACCCACCUGGAUGUAA